GCAGCUCCAGCGUUACUGCUCCCGGCUCCUGCUUCUGGCUUCUCUUUGCAGUCAGUCUUGGACUUUGGGGUUUUGCCACUGUCAGAAGGACGUCUUGGACUUUCUCCUUCAAGCGCUUGACAACUCGUUCCUUCAGCAGGGUGUCUGAGCAUCGUCACAGAAUGAAGCUGGUUUCUGUCGUCCUGAUGUUCCUGGGUUCACUCGCCUUCCUAGGCGUGGACGCCGCACAGCUAGACACGUCCUCGCAGUUCCGAAAGAAGUGGAGUAAGUGGGCGCUAAGUCGUGGGAAGAGGGAACUGCAAGUAUCCAGCAGCUAUCACUCGGGGCUCGCUGAUGAGAAGACAGUUCCUACCGAGACUCUUGGUCGGCUCCAGGAUAAGCAGAGCACGUCUAGAAGCCCUCAAGCCAGCACUCAGAAUGCAGCCCACAUUCGAGUCAAACGCUACCGCCAGAGCAUGAACCAGGGCUCUCGCAGCUCUGGAUGCCGCUUCGGGACCUGCACAGUGCAGAAAUUGGCCCAUAAGAUCUACCAGUUCACAGACAAAGACAAGGAUGGUUUUGCCCCGAGAAACAAGAUCAGCCCUCAAGGCUAUGGCCGCCGGCGCCGGCGUUCCCUGUCGGAGGUUCUCCCGGCUCGGACAGGGGUGUCCCCCCAAGAGCACACGCAAGCAGCCCCAGCCUCCCAGGCGCACCAAGUCAUCUCCAAGAUCUUUAGGAUUUAGGUGCGGGUGGCAGCAUUGAACAGGCGGGCGAGUGUCCCAUUGGCGCUUGCGGAAUCAGAGAGCUUCGCGCUCGGGCGAGCGGACUGAGACAAUCCUGCCGAGAUCUGCCUGGCUGUCCCUAAGGGAGGCAGAGGAACCCAAGAUCAAGCCAGGACCACCACGGAAACUGAGAACUACAAGCUAAUACCCAUCGGGCAGGGGUCUGAGCCACUGCCUUGCCCGCUCACAAACUGGUUUCUCACGGGGCAGAAGCCUCAUUACUACUUGAACUUUCCAAAACCUUGCGAGGAAAAGUGCAAUGCUUGUUGUACAGCCAAAGGUAACUAUUGUAUUUAAGUUUGUUGCUGUCAAGAGGUUUUGUUUUUGUUUUGUAACUUCAAAUACAUAGAGAUAUUUUUGUACGUUAUAUAUUGUAUUAAGGGCAUUUUAAAGUGAUUAUAUUGUCAUAGUCCCCUAUUUUAAGACAUGAAUGUCUCAGCGAGGUGUAAGGUUGUU